UGCGCGAGUAAGCCCCUUUGGUUCCCGCCAUUUUUGCUCCGAGCUACCUUCAGUCCUCCUCGCUCGGGUCAUCUUCAACCUCUCUCUCGUCUUUCAUGUUCUUCCUUCGCUCAUGCCACUACUCUCCACGCCUCGCUCUCAAUCUCACGCUCGUCUCGCCUCUCGCUCGGUCUCUCUUCUCCGCUAAACCCUCCUCCCUCCGCCGCAUCUCGCUCUCCUCGUCGCGGCCGCCGAACCGUAGGAUGUCCGCGAAGCCCUCCGCAUUCGACGCGCUCAUGUCCGGCGCCCGCGCCGCCGCCGCCGCCAAGAAGAAGCCCCGGCCUCCCUCGCCGAAGAAGCGCAAAUCCCCCGAUCCCGCGCCAGUCGAAAACCCUAAUGACGACGCGAAGCCCGAUUCGGCUUCACUGGAAGCUAAGGUCGACCAAUCGGAGGCAAUCGCAGGAGGGAACCGGCUAAUUGAAGUCAAAGGCUCGAAUGCGGAGAAAUCCCCCGAGCAGAAAAAGGCGAAGCAUAGCGAGGGAAACGAGAAGAAUGCGAAGAAAGGGGACUCGUCUGCUGAGAGAGUGAAGGAAUUGAAGAGCAAAAUCCAUCUGUUGAAGAAGAAACCGGCCGAUUUCUCUCCAAAGUCUGUGGCUUGCUGGAGCGAGGGCGAGAGAGUUCCGUUCAUAUUUUUGUGCUUGGCGUUCGACCUCAUAUCGAAUGAGACUGGGAGGAUUGUGAUUACAGACAUAGUGUGUAAUGCGUUGAGGACUGUCAUGAACACCACGCCGGGUGAUUUGGUUGCUGUUGUGUACCUAUUGGCCAACAGGAUUGCUCCUGCUCACGAGGGGCUGGAGCUGGGAAUCGGGGAUGCGUCAAUCAUUAAGGCCCUUGCUGAGGCCUGUGGAAGGACAGAAGUGCAGAUUAAGAAGCAAUACAAGGAAUUGGGAGAUUUGGGCCUUGUCGCUAAAGCAAGUCGAUCAUCUCAAUCCACAAUGCGCAAGCCUGAUGCAUUAACUCUUGCCAAAGUCUUUGAUAUGUUUCGGCUCAUAGCUAAGGAAUCUGGGCAGAAUAGUCAGGAAAAGAAAAAGAACCAUAUAAAAGCUCUUCUUGUUGCAGCCACUGAUUGUGAACCUCAAUAUUUGAUCCGCCUACUUCAGACAAAAUUGAGGAUUGGAUUAGCAGAGCAGACUCUCUUAGCUGCACUUGGACAAGCUGCUGUAUAUGCUGAAAAACACUCUAAACCAUCCACAGAUGUUCAAUCUCCUCUAGAAGAGGCAGCAAAGACUGUCAAGCAAGUGUACUCUGUUCUUCCAGUUUAUGAUAGAAUAGUUCCUGCUCUUCUGACUGAUGGUGUAUGGAAUCUUCCAAAGUCGUGUACUUUUACUUUGGGGGUCCCUGUUGGACCUAUGCUUGCAAAACCAACAAAAGGUGUCUCGGAGAUUUUAAGUAAAUUCCAGAACAUGGUAUACACUUGUGAAUACAAGUAUGAUGGGGAGCGUGCACAGAUACAUUAUAAGGAGGAUGGUUCUGUCGAGAUAUACAGUAGAAAUGCUGAACAUAACACUGGCAAAUUUCCUGAUGUUGUUGCCACGGUAUCAAGAUUAAAGAAGGAAGCUGUUAAAUCAUUUGUUCUAGAUUGUGAACUUGUCGCUUAUGAUCAAGAAAAGAAAAAGAUUCUUCCUUUCCAGAUCCUCAGUACACGAGCUCGCAAAAAUGUAGUCUUGAGCGAGAUCAAGGUGGAUGUCUGCAUAUAUGCUUUUGACAUGCUAUAUUUAAAUGGCAAGCCACUUAUUCAGGAAGAACUCAAACUUCGGAGGGAGCAUCUAUACGAUUCAUUCAAGGAGGAACCUGGAUUUUUUCAGUUUGCCACUGCAAUAACAUCUAAUGAUAUAGAAGAGAUACAAACGUUUCUUGACGCUGCUGUUAAUGCAAGUUGUGAAGGUUUGAUUAUCAAAACACUGGAUCGAGAUGCUACAUAUGAGCCUUCAAAAAGGUCAAAUAACUGGCUGAAAUUGAAGAAAGAUUAUAUGGACAGUAUUGGCGAUUCAGUAGAUUUGGUGCCUAUAGCCGCUUUCCAUGGUCGUGGGAAGCGUACAGGUGUCUAUGGUGCGUUUCUCCUUGCUUGUUAUGACGGCUCCAAUGAAGAGUUUCAAAGCAUUUGUAAAAUUGGAACUGGCUUUUCUGAAGCCAUGCUUGAAGAACGAUCUGCCAGUCUUCGGUCUAAGGUCAUUCCGAAGCCAAAGUCAUAUUAUCGUUAUUCUGAUACAAUCAGUCCAGAUGUGUGGUUUGAACCCUCUGAGGUUUGGGAGGUGAAAGCUGCAGACUUAACUAUUAGCCCUGUUCAUCGUGCUGCGGUUGGAACAGUAGAUCCUGAUAAGGGAAUCUCUCUCCGGUUUCCUCGUUUAGUUCGUGUCCGUGAAGAUAAAGCACCGGAGCAAGCAAGCCCAUCGGAUCUGAUUGCGGAGAUGUAUUUUGCUCAGAAGCACAAUCACCCAAAUAAUAAAGAUGAGGAUGAAGAUGACUGAGAAGCAAAUUCCUCAUGUUUGAAACAUUCUCUACGUGAUUCUCCCUGUAAGUAGAGGUGAUCUUACUCAUCUGCGACAACAAGACUUUCUGUCGUAAUGGUGACUAAAGCCUAAGCAUCAAUACUGCCAUCAAGUCACCAUACUCGGGGAUGUGGCACCUGUGAUACAGAAUUAGAGAUCACUUACAUCAAUUGCUGCAUUAAAUUGUCAUUUUCUGUUGAAGGGAGCUGGCAGUGUUCUUGACAAAUCCAUUUGUAAACCUGUAUGUAGUUUUCUUUGUAUUCUCAAGGUACAUCAUGUAUCCCUCACUAUUGACACUUCGGGUCAAUGAAAGAUAUUGACUCAAACAAGAGCAAAAGCGUGCUUCAUGCUCCUUGGUGCUUUUA